AAUUUUCUCGUUUUUAUAGAAGUGGUGGGGGAUAAUCAAUUAAUGGAAAAAAGUUAAGUUAGAAGAUAAAAUGAGACUUCCACAGCAUAAAAGGUCCUUAUACGUUUAGAAAAAUAAAAUCCAUAAAAUGAUUAAUGAAAUUUGAAUAUUGUAAGUGCACUGACCAUUUUCUGAAUGGAAGUAAACGACACAGAGUCACUCGAAGAGUUAGGUUAAGGAGGUAGCAAAGUUUAAAUCAGACUUUUCCAGAGCAUCAAGGGCUCAACUUGUAUAAAUUAUGAGGAGUAAACUGCCUGUAAUGAUGAAAUAUUUAAAUAUUUAUGAGCUUGCAUUUCUUCUAAAACUUCACAACAUAAUGACAGAAAGCCCUGGUGAACAAAUAAAAAAGUUCCUAUUCCCCCAAGACUCUACAAAAGAAUCAUUUUUAGAAAUCUUCAUCCCCGAGUUAAUUCAAGCCAGUUACUCAUUUUACACAUGGCCCUCGGCCUCUGUUCUCGCUUGGUUCCUAUGGGAGAACCGUACCGGUUUACAAGGCAAAAGAAUCUUGGAACUGGGGGCGGGUACUGCUUUGCCUGGCAUUUUGGCUGCCAAAUGUGGGGCCCAUGUUACCCUCAGUGACUCUGCCACUCUACCCAAGAGUUUGGCACAUACAAGGAGGUGCUGUCAACUAAAUAAUUUAAGAGUCAACCAGGACAUUAAGGUUAUCGGGCUCACAUGGGGUUUGUUUUUAAGUAAUUUGGAGUGUAUUGGACCUUUAGAUCUUAUUUUAGGGUCUGAUUGUUUUUUUGAUCCCUCAAUAUUUGAGGAUAUCCUAAUAACAGUGGCUUACCUGUUGGAGAACAACUGUGGAGCAAAGUUUCUUUGUACUUAUCAGGAGAGGAGUAGUGACUGGUCAAUUGAGCAGCUAUUAAAGAAGUGGAAUUUAAGAUGUAAAAUUCAUAAAAUUACCAGUUUGGGUGCUCAGAGUGGCAUAGAUAUUAAUGAGAUAAUCGGGAGACACAGUAUUCAUUUGGUUGAGAUUUAUAUAUGACUUGUUGUAAAUAAAUAUUUUUAUUUUUUUUUU